GGUAAGAUAAGUGAUAAAUAAUAUGUCAUUAGAAGACGCUUUUGAUAAAUAUGAGCUUGAAGAGUUCAGAGAUGCCUUCAAUAGUUUUGAUAAGGAUAGCAGUGGGGUUAUUUCUACUUUAGACCUUAAAUCUGUUAUGAGGCAUAUUGGAGAAAACCCAGUUGAUGCUUUGGUUGAUGAUUUAGUCAAUCAGAUAGGGGCAGGAGAUAAAGAAACUUUGACUUUUUUAGAUUUUUUAGCUAUAAUGGCUAAGAAGAUGGGUAAAGGUGAAACUACUACUGAAACAGAAGAUGAACUGAUCGAGAUCUUUUCAUUUACUGAUUCUAAUGGAGACUGAUUAAUCUCAAUUGAUGAGCUUAGAGAAAUAAUUCAUGAGCGUAGAAAGAAAGUUAGUGAUGAAGAACUAAAUGAACUACUCAAGAAAUUUGACUCUGGCAAAGAUGACCAUGUUGAUUUUGAAAUGUUCUACAACAUCAUGAUGGAAACAGCAUAAUA